AUAUAGAUGAUAGAAGCUUUUCGGGAGCGAAACCGUUCAACAAGAAAAUUUUCUUACCGAUUCUGUUAUACCGUUUACAUUCCUUUCUCUUCUCAUUCUCUAAAUCGAUCUCUCACCAAAGCUAUGACUUCCGAAGCAGAGCCUGCCGGUGAGGCUGCCAAACCUAGUACUCCCCGGCUUCUCAACAUCUCGAAGUCUCUCAUCGCCGGUGGAGUCGCCGGAGGAGUGUCACGAACUGCUGUAGCUCCUCUGGAGAGAUUGAAAAUUCUGCAGCAGGUUCAAAAUCGUCAAAAUAUAAAAUACAACGGAACAGUUCAGGGAUUAAAAUACAUAUGGAAAACUGAGGGUUUCAGAGGAUUGUUUAAAGGAAACGGAACUAACUGUGCUCGUAUUGUCCCAAAUUCAGCAGUAAAGUUCUUUAGCUAUGAGCAAGCUUCGACGGGUAUUUUAUGGCUCUAUAAGCAGCAACCUGGAAAUGAAGAAGCUCAGCUCACUCCCAUUCUGCUGCGUCUUGGAGCUGGAGCUUGUGCGGGAAUCAUUGCCAUGUCUGCCACUUAUCCAAUGGACAUGGUGCGAGGAAGACUAACCGUCCAGACAGAAGCAUCUCCACGUCAAUACAGGGGAAUUUACCAUGCUCUUUCAACAGUCUUCAGGGAAGAAGGCCCUCGAGCUUUGUAUAAAGGCUGGCUACCUUCAGUUAUAGGAGUUGUACCAUAUGUGGGUCUUAAUUUUUCUGUAUACGAGUCUCUGAAAGACGGGUUGAUCCGAUCUAAACCAUUUGGAAUAGCUCAAGACUCUGAGUUAAGUGUGACAACAAGGCUUGCAUGUGGGGCUGCUGCUGGAACGGUUGGCCAAACUGUGGCUUACCCCCUUGAUGUCAUUCGCCGAAGAAUGCAAAUGGUGGGAUGGAAAGAUGCUGCACCAGUAGUUGCUGGUGAGGGGAAGAACAUAAUGGAGUAUACUGGCAUGGUUGAUGCAUUCAGGAAAACGGUGCAUCACGAAGGAGUUGGAGCAUUAUACAAGGGCUUAAUUCCCAAUUCAGUGAAGGUGGUUCCUUCCAUAGCUAUUGCUUUUGUGACAUACGAGAUGGUCAAGGACAUUCUUGGAGUAGAAAUGAGAAUUUCUGACUGAAAAAUUACCAACUUGUUCUAGACAUUUACUCGAAUUUGUCAUUUCAUUUUCUGAAAAAUAGAUUUGAAGAUUGAAUUGUAGAAAACUAGCAUUAUGUCGUGUACAUAUCCAUAUAUCAUUUUUUUUCUCAUCAUA